GCACUCGCCUUUGCAAGGCAUGCAUCCUAAAAAAUGACAUAAAAUCACUGGGAUCGUAUCUUUUGAUGCACGAACUUUAACCAGCAGCCGAAAAAAAUUUGGAAAUUGAAGGCUUUAUACUGGCAAUUCAGGCAAAAAAUGAAAAACAUAGGCAUUUUACAGCUAAUUGCCAAGUACAAAUGCAGGCAGAUGCGACACCGGGCCUGCAGAAGUUGAAAAUAUAACUGAAAGAUGCACUGGUGAUAAACGAAGGCUAUCCAUCACAUUUCAAGGCAUAAGUGUCAACUUCUGGAUGAAAGUGCGGAAUCAUGGUGCAGAUAGCUGUGCUGGGCUGUGGCCUAAUGGGCGGCAAGAUAGCAGGUUGCAUGGCAUACCAUGGGCACAAAGUUAAGGUGUAUGAUUCCAAUGCGGCAGCACUAGAUGCUCUUCACAGUAACCUGGAGGUUGACAAGAGAGAACUGAAAUGUGAGGGACUGAUGAUUCAUCCAAACUUUCUGGGCCAGGUUUUGUGUAUCAGCAGGCUUGAGGAAGUAGUCAGGGAUGCAGAAUACAUCUUUGAAGCAGUCAUUGAAGAUCUAGAAAUCAAGCAAAACCUAAUUAGAGAGGUAUCUCAUCUGUGUAGUCAGGAUGCAGUCAUCAGCACUAAUACUCUCAAUCUUGAUAUACGAGAAAUAGCAGUCAAGGCUGCCUACCCCGAGAGGGUAAUGGGAUUGCGCUUUUUACACCCCGUUUACGCUGUGCCAGAAGUGGAGAUAAACCCAACUGCUUUCACUGAUCAGAAGUGUGUUGAAAAAGUGAGGCAGUUUCUAGAAGGCAUUGGAAAAACACUGUUUUUCAGGUCAGGCAGAGAGGCACUUAUCCUGACACCCGAGCAAAUAAACUCCAGAAAAUUAGCACGCAGGCAGCAGUUACUACGACAGCAUGGUAUGCUGGGAAUACCAGAUCGGGGAAUGCCUCAUCUUGGACACGGUGGCAACUUAACACCACCUCAAGAUGAUGAAUGUGCCACUGUUGUUGACCGUGACUGUGCUAUCUGUAUGGACAGGCCCAGAGACUGCCUUCUCUGCCCUUGCCACCAUCUGGUUACGUGCCACGAUUGUGCAAAAUCACUGAUGAAUCGCAGGGAUUUCUGUCCCAUUUGUCGGAAGGAGAUCACAGAGACUAUCAGGGUCUACACUUCAUAAGGGCAGGCUUCAAUAUCGACUAUCAGCAGAUAAUAUGCUUUCCUUAAUUACUGCUCAAUUGGCAUCGUAUAACAAAUGGCCUUUGUUAUGCCAAUUUGACGAUCCAGCAGGAUAGGUAAAGUAGGCGGACCUGAUUGACCUGAUCAAGUCAGGCUGAGCAAGCUUCAAUAGUAUGCUUAUCAAAACACAGUACAAUGUAUGAGUUUUUGCUAUUCAAUGACACAUCAGAAGCAAUGUUCAUUAGGAAAUUUACCUCUAACUGCCUCGUGAACCUGGUCAAGCAUGACUGACCAUGGGUCAGAGACUUGUACAGAUGUGGCUGAUCCUCAGCAUUGAUAUUUUCAUUUUUCUAGCUGUAAGCAGUGUCUGCUCUUUUGUCAAAAGCAAACUUAGGGAUUCUUAAGGUUCUCUAAGAAAAAAAUAAAGAACCUAGUCAUUCUUCUUUAGACAUGGUCCAAUUGCUCCUUCAAAUGGAAGUAUUUUCUCAGCCAUCACAUUAUAAUUGCUUGUCAGCCACCUAUCAAUUGUGUUGCCAACAACAGAAGUUGUAAAAAUCAAUCAUUGGCCAUCAGACUAGGUUUUUUUGUGGCGUGAGAAAGGUUUGUCACACAUUUCAAAGUGGUUUUCGAUUAAUCAAGCAGAAAAAUGUUACCAGCUAACUGACACAGAGAUCAAUAAGUUGAAUAAUCAAAUUGAUCUUGUUGGCCCAGCCUCCUUCCCCUCCCCACCAAAAAUCCAAAGAACAAUGCCCAGCCCCCCCCCCCUAAAAAAAACCCUGGUUUUUGUUCCAAGUCAUUCCAACAAAAAGUAGCAAGUAAAUAUCCUCAAACCCUGUUUUCCAAGUCAUUGAGGUUUUAGGGGGGGGGGGGGAGGGGGCAAAUACUGAUGUGUGAAAGUCUGGCAGGACAUUUAUGAUGCAUUUUCUGUUUAAUCUUUAAAGUGGAAUGCAUGUAUGUUUUGCUCAACAAUUUUUUUACAGUAUACAUUAAUGUUCUUAAUGAUGGCAUGAAUGGACCAAAUUGCAUUUGUUUCAUUGUUCUAAUCAUAUCCAUGCUUCAGGACGGACCUUCUGUAAAAAAAGGCUCAAUACCUUUUUCUGUUGAAUUUUUUCAUUUCAAAAUUUUUGUUUGACCAAAAGUAACUAAGCAUAAUAUGCUUCUAAAAUAAAAGUUUAAUUUAUCAUGUUAUAUGUAUGUAUAGAAUUUUAAAUAACUGACUCUGUUUGUUAAAAAAAAAGCACGGUAUGUCUCUUGUAUUUGCAGAGGUUGGUUUAUUUUAUGUUAAAUUGUAUUUUUUUUAAAGAUAACAACAUGCAGUAUUCUCUGUUUAUUUUAAAAAAAAAAUGUAUCAUGUUAUAUGUAUGUAUAGAAUUUUAAAUAACUGACUCUGUUUGUUAAAAAAAAAAGCACGGUAUGUCUCUUGUAUUUGAAUAGCUUGGUUUAUUUUAUGUUAAAUUGCAUUUUUUUUUAUUAAGAGAACAACAUACGGUA